AGUAGGUGGCGGCAUGCACCUUUAACGGUUGUUUUCGGGCCUCCAUAUAUCAUAGAAGAAGAAAGGUCCGAUUUGUUUAGUUUACUUUGACAGAAAACAGCUUGGUAGCUAACGUUAAUAUUCAUUACGGUAACUCGUCAAAGACAGAAACUAUCAUGAAACCAGCGGUGGACGAGAUGUUCCCUGAAGGCGCCGGGCCUUAUGUGGAUCUAGACGAGGCAGGGGGCAGCAGCGGUCUGCUCAUGGACCUGGCAGCAAAUGAGAAAGCAGUGCACUCAGACUUCUUCAACGACUUCGAGGAUUUGUUUGAUGAUGAGGACCUGCAGUGAAUGAAGACCCCCCCACUGCCACUGUGUUUGUUAAAAAAUAAAGGCUCUUUUAAAAAGCA